GGGGAGGUGGGGGAGAGGGCGAGGGGAGUGGCCGCGGCCUCCCCUCGCCCCUGGGUUGCGGCCUAGCCCGGGAAGUCAGAGCGGGUCCUUUGGCCCCGCCGUAACGACCCCCGCCUUCCCCCACCUCCCGCCCGCCGCCCUCUCGGGGGCGAGCUGGGAGCCUCGGGCUCCGGCUCACAGUUCCCGUCCCCCCCACCCCCACCCGCUGCACCCCACCCCCACGGCGCCUGCUCCUUUCCCAACAACCUUCCUCCCCUCCCCCACAUCCGGUGUUGGCGAAACCGUAGGAGCCCGGAGCAGCCGCGGAAAGCCGGCUUGUUCCCCGACUCCCGGAGAGAGAACUGACAUUAGACUGCUUUCUUCGCGACAACAGUUUCCCCAGUUUAGCGGUCCUCCCCACUGCCUAACUCCAACUGAGUGCCAGGAGCUGAAUUUACCUACUCUCAUUCCUCUCCAGGGUCCCACUACUUGGGAGAUACUCUCAAACUCCACAUACAGAAAGCCACCGACCUUAAUCCGGUAUCCUACACCCCUUCCUUACCUUAAUUAACUCCCACCCCAGCCCUCCGCAUCGGAGUCAAGAACAACAGGGACACUUCCGUUCUCCUUGUAGGAUUGAUGAGAUCGUAAUGAAGAACACCCCCUAAACUCCCAUAAUCGAUUUGGGGAUAUUCCCUGCCCAAAAAUUUCCUGGAAAAUUGACUAGUAUUAAGUGCGUAAUAGAUUGGAACUCAGUGAAGACACAGACGUUCCCGUUGAGCGCAACCAGCUAAUGAUUGCAUUUUAAAGACGAUUUCUGUGAUUGACUUGUCUUUUGGAAGAUUAAGCCCACUCCAAGAGGACUUGUAGCUGGUCCUCGCCUUGAGGAAGCAGUGGCUUGUUUUCAAGAAGCCACUUCGAAUCUAAGGAUCUACCCAGCAUGCCUAAUCAAGGCGAAGACUGCUAUUUUUUUUUCUAUUCUACAUGUACCAAAGGUGACAGCUGUCCAUUCCGUCACUGUGAAGCAGCACUAGGAAAUGAAACUGUUUGCACAUUAUGGCAAGAGGGGCGCUGUUUUCGACAGGUGUGCAGGUUUCGGCACAUGGAGAUUGAUAAAAAACGUAGUGAGAUUCCUUGUUACUGGGAAAAUCAGCCAAUGGGAUGUCAGAAACUGAACUGCGCUUUCCAUCACAACAGAGGACGUUACGUUGAUGGCCUUUUCCUACCUCCAAGCAAAACUGUGCUCCCCAGUGUGCCUGAGUCACCAGAAGAGGAAGUGAAGGCUAACCAGCUCACAGUUCAGCAGAACAAACUAUCUGUCCAGUCUAAUCCCUCCCCCCAGCUGCGAAGUGUUAUGAAAGUAGAAAGUUCAGAAAAUGUUCCCAGCCCCACCCAUCCACCAGUUGUAAUCAAUGCUGCAGAUGAUGAUGAAGAUGAUGAUGAUCAAUUUUCUGAGGAAGGCGAUGAAACCAAAACACCCAUCCUGCAACCACCUCCUGAGGUUCACAAUGGACUACGAGCAGCUUCUGCCCGCAAACCUGGGGCCAGUUUGAAACCAGGUGAAUGUUUGAAUUUUGGAAUAAAAACCCUUGAGGAAAUUAAGUCAAAGAAAAUGAAGGAAAAAUCCAAGAAGCAAGGUGAAGGUUCUUCCGGAGUUUCCAGCCUUUUACUCGAACCUCAGCCCAUUCCUGGUCCUGAAAAAGAGAAUGUCCGGACUGUAGUGAGGACAGUAACUCUUUCCAGCAAACAAGGAGAAGAACCCUUGGUAAGAUUGAGUCUAACCGAGAGGCUGGGAAAACGAAAAUUUUCAGUAGGUGGUGACAGCGAUCCUCCGUUAAAGCGUAGCCUCGCACAGAGGUUAGGGAAGAAAGUUGAAGCUACAGAAACUAACACUGACAAAGCACCAAAGAAAGUUCAUAUUUCCAAAUAAAUGAAGGAGCGGUUAGGCAUGUCAGCUGGUCCAAACAGUGAGGAGGCAGCAGAGAGAGUUACUAAAGUUGGUGAGAUCCACGUGAAGACAUUAGAAGAAAUUCUUCUUGAAAAAGCUAGUCAGAAACGUGGAGAAGUACAACCUAAACUCAAGACAGAAGGACCUUCAAAAGUCGAUGAUUCUACUUUAGGAACAAGAAGCCCCUCCACUAUCCGAAUCAAAACCUUCUCCGAGGUCUUGGCAGAAAAGAAACAUCGGCAGCAGGAAGCAGAGAGACAGAAAAACAAAAAGGAUGUAACGUGUGUCAAGCUGAAGACCGAUAGCGAAAUGAAAAAAACGGUGGUUUUGCCGCCUCUAGUCGUCAGCAAAGCGCAGUCCGAGGAGCCAGCAGCGAGGCCCAAGUGUAUGCAGGAGGUGCGCAUCAAGACGCUGGAGGAGAUUAAGCAGGAGAAGGCCCUGCGUGGGCAGCAGGGCUCCGAGAGCAGCAUCAGCUCCCAGCCGCGGCCCGAGGCCACCCCUGGGGCCAGGCGGUUUCUCCGAGUCACCAAAAAAACAGGUAUAAAAGAAGAGAAGAAACUUCAAGAAGGAAGUGAAGUGGUUUCUCAGAGCACUGUUACUAGAACAGAGGCUAAAGAGGCUUCAGAGGAAACCACGGGAGUUGGCAUCACUAAAAUUCAGGUCAAGAGAUGUGAGACCAUGAGAGAGAAGCACAUGCAGAAACAGCUGGAGAGGGGAACGAUGCAGAAGGAAAAAUCAGUUUUGACCCCCCUUCGGGGAGGUGUAGACUCCUGCAAUGCUCAGAGUGCAGAGAAGCCCCUGCCUGCUGCUGUGCCAGGCGUCACACGGCACCUGCCAAAGCGGCUCCCCAUGAAGCCAUCCCAGAAGGCAGAGAUAGAGCCCUCAGGAAUUGGGGACUCGAUAUUGAACGUGAAAUGUGCAGCACAGAGCUUGGAAAAAAGGGGUAAAGCUAAACCCAAAGUCAACGUAAAGCCGUCUGUGGUUAAAGUUGUCUCCUCCCCCAAGCUCACCCCAAAACGCAAGGCCAUGGAGGCACACCCUGCUGUCAUCGCAGCCGUGAAGCCGCUCAGCACCAGCGGCGCCCUGCAGGAGAGCCCCGCCAAGAGGGCAGCCGUGGCUGUUGUCCCACUGCUCUCUGAGGACAAGCCCAUUGCUGUGCCUGAGACAGAAAAGCCUAGAGACAGUCUUGUGCUGCCUCCAGCCCAGCCCUCCUCAGAUCCCUCCCCGCCGGAAGUAUCUGGCCCUUCUUCAGCCCAGGUGGCUACGAAGACUCGCCGACUCAGCUCUGCCUCAGCAGGAAAGCCCCCACUUUCAGUGGAGGAUGAUUUCGAGAAACUAAUAUGGGAGAUUUCGGGAGGCAAAUUAGAAGCAGAGAUCGACUUGGAUCCUGGGAAGGAUGAAGAUGACCUUCUGCUCGAGCUAUCAGAAAUGAUUGAUAGCUGAAGGCGGUAGUGGAACACUUGAAAAAAAACAAAAACAAAGAACUGGACUUAGUUUCAUCUAUUAUAACAUUUACCCAAAAUGGUCAUUUCCUUAGUCUAGAAUUUGCCCCAUAUCAGAAGUAUACCUCUGAAUUACCUGUAUGUGUCCUGGAUUCCUUGGGGUCAGAUUUUUAAAGUCCCUUGAUAACCAUUUUGUUCAUUCGAUGCCAUUGUUUAGCAUCUAUAAGAAAAAUGUUUUGUCUUACACCUCUCCACAAAAAAAAAAAAAACUGAGAGGGAGAGCCAAGUCAAAGGGUGCAAGAGAACUUAGUGACUCCUUGAGGUGUUUGUCAGUUUGGGCUUUUUUCCCCUUUGCUAUAUAUUUCUUUUAUGUAUUGUCUUAACGUACUUGAUGUUACCUGAGUUUGAAAAGGAUGAAGACAGCUGCUGCCAUUCAGGACCAAAUUUCACACUACCGCUAAACAGAAAAUCCACUCAGUCUGUGUUAAAGUGUACGUCUUUUUAAAGAUAUUUGGAGAUUCAGCUGAGCUUUAGAGAGGGCUGAGCAGCUCAGAAAGCUUGUAAUCUGGACGUAACUUUUUCAACCUGAUUUUCAUGCUUCUGCUGCUCUGUAAGCCCCUGAAGAGCAAUAGCUAAUUUAUUAUUACUGUAAUUUUUUUAAGGCUUUAAAGUGCCUCAGGGGUCCUCUGGAACUAAUUUUCCAUUUCUGGGAUUCCCUGGAUUCUUAAUAAGAGAUGGUGACAUAACGAUUCAAGGAAUUCUUUUUUUAGCAUGAAAGUUGUCCCUUCUCUUCUUUCAGUACUUGCCUCCUACUGACAUUGAAUUAUCACAGGGAUAAAAAUUGGUUAAUUUUUUAUUUCUAACUCUCCCAGCAAACUCCUCUUGCCCAGUAUUUAUUUGGUACCCUUUAACUGCCAGGGGGGACAAAAUGAACUCCUCCCAGCUGCCAAUAUUUAUGUAUGGACUGUAGCAGUACACCAAACUGCUGUAGCAGGAUGAUUGCAAUGCUCUGGGGGUGUAUUGUAUACCUUCCAGUUUUCUUCAUUUCUCAAUUGAAGUUUCUUGAUGUCGGUCUCCUUCAUUCAUAUCACCUCAAGGUUUAGACGUGUGCAGGAACAAGUGUGAUGGGGAUAAGAGUCUUAAAAGGAGACAUAUUGUACAUACUCCGAAGGAAGAGGAAAGAAGGACUCAUCCAUUUUGAUACUUUGCUGUAGGUGGCCAGUUGUGUUUCUCAUAGGGAAAUCUGACCCACCUUCGUGUUGGCUCCUAAGGAACUGCUGUUGUAAGCGGCUCAUCAAGAGUUGAACUUCAUGUAGCCUUGUUGGGACUAUGGAAAAGGAAGAAAGCCACAGGACUGCCCAUUCAGUCUUGGGAAGAUCUGGAUGAUUCUGCACAAGCAAAAAUGACUUGAAAUUUAUGUAUAGACACCUCUCUACCAAUCCAUCUUCAGCUGACUGAAUGUUGUAUAUAGCCCUUCUCCAAAGCAGGGGUGGAAUGUUCUGGUUUCACCACAGAUUUUCUACUCAUUUCAUUUUUGGAAUCAGCUUAAAGAUUCCAGGUCCCUUUUGUAUAUAACCUUUAUUCUUUUGCUUUUUUAAGAAUAAUUUUGUUUCAUAUUUAAAGUCCUUGUAUUAGUCAAUGAUUCAUGUUCAGCAUUAUUUGAACCAUUUGCCAUUACAAGAAAGAGAAAUACUUGUGUUUUAAAUAAAACUGGUGUAGGAAAGUCUG